GUUGCCUUCACCUAAAGAAAACCCUAAGCAUUACCCCAAUCUAACAAAUUAUAAUAUAUAUCCUAUGGAAGUGGUUUGCAUUUCAACUUCGUUUGAGAAUAACAUUGCAUUUGUCUUUCAAUGGAAAACGAAGACACCAAACAAUCAUCAAAGAGGGUGCCCUCUACCGAGCUCGAACAAAUCGACUCCGACUUCGCCAUGGCCAUGGCAUUGCAGGAACAAGAAAGAGCUUCUUCAAUGAUCGAGAGUGAUGAUAGCGAAGAGUACGAUACCGAGGCAUCCUACGAAGAAAGCAACGUUAAUGAUUACGAGUGUUUUGAAGGCCUCGAAGCCGGAGAUGACCUAGAGUUCGAAGAUAUGGAAGAAGAUGAUUUUGAAGAAGAAGAAGAAGAAGAUGAUGAUGAGAUAGAUCCGGACGAUUUAUCGUACGAAGAGUUGAUUUCUUUGGGAGAGAUUAUAGGAGUGGAGAAGAGAGGGUUAUCUCCCGACGAAAUUUCACAGUGCUUGAUCCAAUGCAAGUUUCGAUCCGUCAAGUGCAAAACCGAAAUCGAUCGGUGCGUGAUUUGUCAAACCGAAUACGAAGAAGAUGAAGGUGUUGUGGCUCUUCGGAAUUGUGAACAUCCAUACCAUUCAGAUUGUAUAUCUAAAUGGCUUCAAGUUAAGAAGAUCUGCCCCAUUUGUAGCACUGAAAUCUCAUCCCCCAAGAAUUAAGGUUAGGAAUUA